AUGGAUAUCAGGGGCCCUCUGUCAAGCGACCAGACUAGGCAGUGCAUGUGUUGGAGAUCCUCGACAAACACUGAAUGCUUUCUCAAAGAUCCAAUCGGCAUCGAAAUACACGAUCCCGCUGCAGAGUACAAUACACUAGAGAAGGUUUUGGAGCUCGACCAGAAGCUAUCAAAUCUGUAUAGUGCGAUGAUGGAGUGCAGCACAUGUUCUUCAGACCCCAUGCGCGCUAUGGCUCUUUUGCAAGAGCUGGACGUUCUUUGCACACUUUACGUCGCGGCACAAGCAAAAUAUGCGACAACAGACAACCAUAUCAAGAGAGGCAACAGUGAAGGUUGUGUAGAGUUGGGCGACAGCAAGUUUCAAGUAGGCCGGUUCGUGUUGGACAGUGAGGAAUCUAAGGCAAUAGGCCGCAUUAUCGUCAAGCAGGGGUUGGAUCAUCUCCAGAAGAAGCUGCUGAUAGUGCAAGCGGAGCAAAAGCGGGUCAACUCUGGCUCAAUGAACGACGAGAUCGGGGAGAAGGUGCGGGCGAUACUAUCGAAAGUCUGGGAGGCUUCCGCGUAUGGAUGUCUGUAG